CCGGCGGGGCCCGCUGAGUGACAGAGCGGCUGAGAAAAAGGACUAAAUAUAUCCUCGAAAAAAACCCGAGCCCGGCUAUUUAGCCAGCUCAAGACUCCCCCCGCCCCCGCCCCUGCAUCCACAGCCCGGGGAGAGCAGCGCGCUGUUUCAUGUGGCGUUUGCAAAGGAGAACUGAAAGGACGCCCUUUUGCUUCCGAAAUCCAGGCGGGGAGCAGCCCCGGGGCGGCCGGGAUUGACGCCGAGGCUUUCCCCGCCGCCUUGUCUAUCCUAUGGAUAUCGGCGCUGAGAGCCGGCCCCGGGGAGAGGAGAUCUGUACUUGAUCCAGCACCAUAUCAUUUCAAUGCCUCAUCUCGCCCAGGAUUGCCGGAGCAUCCUAGGUAUCGCUCGAGUUGUAUGCCAUGGGCUGUAUUCAGAGCAUUAGCUGCAAAUCCAAAGUUUUCCGGGAAAGCAUCGCGGUGAUUGAAGUCAAAGCGUCCAUCGACCCCGUCCCCACCAACAUCGACGAGUCGUCCAGCGUGGUUCUGCGGUACCGGACGCCCCACUUCCGAGCCUCUGCCCAGGUGCUGAUACCUCCCAUCCCCAAGAAAGAGACCUGGAUUGUAGGCUGGAUUCAGGCAUGCAGCCACAUGGAGUUUUACAAUCAUUAUGGAGAGCAGGGCAUGUCGAGCUGGGAGCUCCCGGACCUGCUGGAUGGCAAGAUCCAGGCCAUAAGCGACUCAGACGGUGUGAACUACCCCUGGUACGGAAACACCACGGAGACCUGUACCAUUGUGGGUCCGACAAGGAAGGAGUCCAAGUUCAACAUCAGCAUGAACGACAACUUCUACCCGAGCGUCACAUGGGCCGUGCCCGUGAGCGAGAGCAAUGUGACAAAACUCACGAGCAUCUACCGGGAUCAGAGCUUCACCACCUGGCUGGUGGCCAUGAACACGACCACCAACGAGACGGUCACCCUGCAGACGAUCAAGUGGCACAUGAAGCUGGGCAUCGAGGUGAAUCCCAGCAGACCCCUGGGGCAGCGUGCCAAGCUGCAGGAGCCCUCUGCUCAAGAGCAGCCCCAGGUCCUUAGCAGGAACGAGCCAAUACCACCCAGUGCCCUUGUCAAGCCCAAUGCCAAUGAUGCUCAGGUACUCAUGUGGAGGCCAAAGGACGGACCACCGCUGGUGGUGAUACCUCCAAAACAUCGGUCCUAGCAGCCUGGCGUUGUGGCACCAGAAGGGAGAACAGAACCACUUCUAUUUUAAACGUGUACGCAUAUAACCUAAGCAAAACCAAGAUGCACUUUGUAUUCAUUCAACAGAAAUGCAACCAUUCUACCUUCUCCCAUUGGGACGGAUCUCACUGUGCUAAAGCUAGAGAGGAGACCCCUGCUGAAGGGUCUGUCUCGUCACUGGAUUUCUACAGGAAGAAACCAACUGGACUUUAUUUCCAGGCCCGUAGCUUUCUUUUCUUCCCUCUUUUCAUUACCGUUUGAACUUCAGUGUCAUUAGCUCACCCAGAUUGUCCAGAACAAAAGAAGAUUUUUAUUUUAGUUCAUUUGGUAGAAAGAGCUUUUUUUUUGCCCCCCCACACCCUGCCCUCUUUUGUGGAGAAUGAAGCAAGCUCCUGGAGCACAAAGCCGACUAUUUAUUUAUGAGGAGGAUUAUUUUUUAAAGUUAUAAAAGGUUCCGAGUUGCAAACCCAAGUCAUGCGGCCUUAUGUAGACUUUGCUUUGCAUUGCCAAAUUUUUGCCUUAAAGCUAUGUUUGAAAGAAAACCAACAAAACAGACAAGCAACAACAAAAAAAACCCCAACCAACCCCACCAGGCAGAAUCUCUUUUCUACAGAGUUUCAGGGGGGGGCAGGGAGACACGUUGGAACAAGGGGUAGAUGGUCCAUAGGUCAAAGGGAGAGGGGGAAAGGGUACGAUCGUGGCAGACACAUGAUUCAGAUGAAAACCUUCCUGAUUUUAUGUAUGGAUCAAGGAAGCCUGGAAAUAAACCCUGCUCAAAAGCCAUUGUUUUCCUCCAGUAGCAGAAAGGGAGCUUAUGUUUUGCACAGGGUUGCAACGCAAGUACCAAAGCUUGUACAGACAUGGCUAUGGGUGCGAGGUGCUGGGUUUCUCCCUGCUUGGUAGAAAGUUAGUCCAGGCCUUAUACUGCUUACGCCAUCCAGUCAGCCCCUCUCAGCAUUAGAAGAGGGAGCCAUCGAACGGGUGGGGACAACGGAGACGGGACACUCGACGGGGAAGACGGGGUUGUUCAGCCUGGUCUGUCUUGAGUGGAUGAAAACGUAGGGCUCCCUUGCGAGCCUGCCGGCUGUGUCUUUCAUGGCAGAGCAGCGGAGGGGUCACACACGUGCUGCAAGGGAUGCGGGGUCCCUUUCUGCCAUCAUUUACUCCUGGCAAAAGGGCAGUAAGAGGAGCAGGGGUGGAAGGAUCCUUCUGAAGUCAUUCGAGCUGCACGGCUAUAAACAAGGGCAGAUUUUACCUAUUAGCAUCUAUCUGGCAAUGUCCAUAAUUCAGGAAAAGCCUUAUCUCUAAAAAAC